CAGAUGGACAGUCAUUUCCCCUUUGCUCCACCCACAAAGCUCACUCACUCUCACUCUCUCUCUUUCUCUCUCUCUCUUACUCUCUUACUUUUGCAUAGGGUUGUUCAACUUCCUUUUUCAUUUGGCUUUGAAUUGCGUUUGUGGAAAGAUCAAACUCUCGGUUGGAUUGUUAAAGGGGUUGUCUGUGUGCAGUUGUGUGUUUUUUACUGAGUGAUCCAGUGAAUCAGAAGCUGGGGAAUCCCUGUAAUGGUCCCGCCUCCCAUGCUGAAACUGUAUGAUGUCAUUCAGUACAUAAUUAGUUUCAUUUCACAUUGGAGAUUCUGCGCUACAACAUGUGUCUUCUGUUCCUGCUUAUCCUCUCAGCCCUGAGGGCGGCCUUCAGCGAUGAUGGCGCUGCAUUGCAGGUCGUGGAGGGCAGAGUGGGCGGGUCUGUGUUGCUGAGGUGCAACGUUAGUGAUUCUCCCCCCGUAAAAGGGAUUUACUUCCAGAAGGACAACAAGGAAGAUGACAACAAGAAAGAAAGGAUCAUCUUUGUAAACGGCUUCUACACUAAAAAGCCCGACAUAAGCCCUGAGUACAUUAACAGAACCAGUGUAAACAGAUCUGAUAAAAGCUUAAAGAUGUGGAACCUGAAAGUGUCCGAUGAAGGAGAAUAUUUUUGCGCUGUAAUGUCCGAACCAGAAUCCUACACCGCUACUAAAUUCAAUCUGACUAUUAAAGCUCCCUUCAGCAUUCCCACAGUGACCAUAAAGAGUCGUAGUGACGGUGGAGAUGGCACAGAGAGCUGGGCGCUGCAGUGCCUGUCGUCAGGUGGAUACCCGCCAGAUGUCCUGAACUGGACGGUGUUUGGGAAGGAGAACAGCGUCCUGCUGCAGGAAGGGGUCAGUGAGAGCUACGCUGAUGAGCACUCCGGAGUGUGGACCAUUAACCAAACAGCCACAUUCAACUGCACUCACCCUGCCAACAUCACCUGCUCAGUAGGUGGCGCCACAUCCCCCCCAUUCAGCAUAUGUACAGAUACACCGUCUUCUCCUGAGUACACAGUGAUCAUAGCGGUAGUUCUACUUUUUCUAUUCAUCCUGGUUGUCGUCAUCAUUCUCAUAAGGGUGUGCCAAAGACAACAACGCCCAGAAGUGGAGCUUGCCACAGUAGAGACUGACCAAUUAAACCACUCUCCUUUGCUGGACCAGGCCGGCUGACCCCUGCCCUGCUGAGUCUUUCCUAUAAGAUGAUCUGAGGAUCUUGAAAGGCGUCUUACUGAGGGGACGGACAGUGGACCUGCCAGCGGUCAAGACUGAACAAAGGGACUAAUACAGGAAAGCUCCAGGAACCGCUAAAGCUGAAGGCCCAAAAGACCAGAGGACCAGGACAUUCCUUAUGGUCUCAAUUUUCAACUUCUUCACCACAUUUUACGCAAAAAUGUUUACUAUUCACUGUAGUCUUUCACCAGGGGAGAAAAGAAAGUCCUAUUACAAAAGGAUCAUAGCUAAUGUACUGUUUAUUUGAUUAUAUGAGGGAAUCAUUUAAAACAACUCAUCAACGCAAACAUUAGCCAUAACAUUAAAACCACCUGUCUUUUAUUGUUAUUGAUUAGGCUACCCUAUGGUGCAUGGACUCUAUAAGACUAUGCAGGUGUCCUGUGGUAUCUGGAACUAAGGCACUAGCCCACAAUCCUUUAAAGAGCAACUAAACCCUAAACCAUAUUUUUUCUAAUAAUAGCUGAAAUGUGUUAAUUGGAAGUAAUGAAACAUACCAGUCCUGCUUAAAAAAUUUAUAAACCUUUUAUAACCUUUAAAAAGCGCUUUUAUUGCUGUCACUUUCACCUCUGCAGCGCCCUCUAAGGUUUAGUUGUGCUAUAGGGGAGGAUGAUGUGUCUGCGUACAUCACAAUAUAGAGAUCAUUAAAUCAAUAAUACUGCCCCUCUGCUGAGGUCCAACCAUCUGGGUCUCACCACUAUCAGAGGCUGCUGCUCAGCUCUCCCUCCCGCCUCUAAACCCAUACAUCACCCAGUGCCUACCAAACUACCGCUCCCAUUUUUUAGCUUUUUAAAAUUUGUGCCACUUUAAGUCCUGUAAGUUUUAAGUUGUGGGAUUAGGUGGUGCCUCCAUGAGUAUCAGUGAGCCUUGGGAACCCAACACAUGAACCUUUCAGUAGGGUCCUAAGACCUGAUUCUUAAUGUUCUGCUCCAGUUCUUGUGUCGCAGUUUGGUUCUCGUCAAAGUGUUCCAGAUUUUUUAUAUACUUUUUUUUAUUUUAUAUACUCAUUUAGGUGUGGGUAUAUAUAUAUAUAUGUGUGUGGUAAAAAUAACUUUACUUUUUACUUUUUGUAAAAUUUACCACUGUCCUUUUUACAUUGUAAAAAUUACCAAUAAUUUAAGUUACUUUAACUUACCUCUUGUUUUAUAGCUAAAACAUUUAGUUGUCAAGGAUUUACUAGUCUCACCUUGAACAUUAGCUUCCAUUGGCUAAAUUAGCUAGCUAAUAGGAGCAUACUAUCGAGCACAUAAGCUACAGCUUUUAUAUCCAAUAAAGUGCUCCAGUGCUCCAAUGCUUAUUCUAAAAUGACAAAAUGUAAAAAAACAAAUUAUUAUAAAUAAAUAAAUAAAAAAUAAAAAUAAUAAUAAAAAUGCAGCAGCUGUUUAGGUAAGGUUAGUUUGUUAGUUUGCAAGCAAAUCUGUUGAACUAUGAAAAAAGGAGACAAAAGAAAUGCAGUAUUUAUCAGAAAUCAACUCAAGUAAAACUAAAAGUAUGAGCUAUGGGGAGUUCCAUCUUACUGCAGGUUUGAGAUGCAAACAAAGUCAUUCUGAAUGGGGGAUUGGUGUGAAAUAGUACUUCAUUGCAAAGAAAUGUCUUGACCCAGUUUUCUGUACAGUGGUGCUGAUAUGGGUGAUUAAUAAAUGAAACCAAAACCGAACAAAAUGAAACUUUUGGCUGAAACCAAAGAUAGUUAUUUGCAGGUUCCUUUAGCUAUUUCCUAUUUCCCUAUUAAAUAAAUUACAUAGCCUAAUUUCUUUCCCUUUUUAAUAUAAAAGCAAUUAUAAAACUUUUUUUAUCUAUUUCAGCAGUGCUUUUUUAGUCACACAUUUAGUUAUCUGGCUAGCUAUCUCAGUGCACUUUUAGUCAUAAAUUAACCCCAGUAUUGCUAUAUUCUAAUCAUACAGUUCCUCCAGCCAUCGUAUUCAAUUUCACACUUGUUUAUUUGUUACAUAAAAACAUACAUAGAUGGUAGAACUAGCAAUGAAAUGCUUUGUUCAACGUCGGAUAACACAAAACAAAAAGACAAGAUAAAAUAGAACAUUAACAAAAUGCUGAAUUGACAAUAGACCAUUUAAAAUAUGAAGCUAAGCAUAGAUGUCAAAUAACAUUAAAAGAAUAGGAUCUAUACUGAGAUAGUAACGAAAAAAGAAGAAUAUGUAGAUACAAUAAAUUUGCGCAAUGUAGAAAAAGUAAAGCUGGCAGUAAAAUUCUGAAUCUAUACUAGUAACAAAUUUAGCUAGCUAGCUAUUUUAGUCAUAAAAUGUAUCUUAUUAGUGUAUUCUAAUCCUGAAUGUACCACAGAAGAGAAGCUCAGGUCCGUUUUUUGGUAAACAGCUGAAAAUCAUCCAGUUUGUAAAGAGGUAGAAAACUGAAUAAACUGAUGUCAUUCGUGAUAAGUAAUGCUGGAUCAUUUAUUUCAUUUAAUUAACACGAGUGAAUCGUAAAAUUAACUUAAACCUGCCGUUUGUUAGCUAUGCCAGCUGGCUCACUAUCACUGCCUCCCUUUGCUCUCCCUUUAACGUGCAGUGUUGUGUGGAGCUGGGGUGUGGGUCUGCCACUGCUGCUAUAAAAAUUCCAAUACUGUAUCAUUUCACUUAUUAAGCAGAAUGUUUUUGAUUGUCAAAUAUUCAGUGCAUCCCUAGUGGUGAUUAAAUCAUGUGGUUAAUGAUUAUAAAUUAUUGAAAAAAAAAACAUUUCUUUAAAGAGGCACAAAACUCUAAAACAUAAUUUUUUCAUUAAUCGCUAAAAUGUGUUCCUUUGAAGUAAUAAAAUAUACCAGUCCUGCUUAAAUUAUUUUAUUAAAAAAAAAAAAAAAAAAAAAAACACUUUUAUUACAUCCUCUCAGGUUUAACUGUGCUAUAGACAAAGAUGAUGCUUCUGUGUACUUUAUGCAAUUCAAUCAAUCAAUAAUACCACCACAAUAGUUUACAGAAGAUUUAGAUAAAUUGGUGGAAUUGCAUAUAACUGGAUCUAAAUCAUAUAAACAGUGUUGCAGUAGCUUUUCCCACCUCAUCUGUUCUUUUCUGACGUCUGUUCCUUCUUGUUUUAAGACUCACACACUCCUUUUUCUGCACCUUGUCUCAGCUCUUGGCUGACUAACACGUUACUUUCGCAAAUGUCUUUUAUGAAGUUUGUGUUGGAGGCUAGAUCUUCUCUUAUAAACCAGUUCUGUGGUUAAUGAUGAAAAUGAUUAUAUGAUAAUGUUAAAAAUGAUGACAAUUUUCUUUAAGUAGUUCUCAGUGGGGACGUGUAACUGGUUUAGUUUAGCUGGGUGAGCUGAGCAAAUACACUCAUAACUGACAUAAUUUUGUGAAUUAAGUUAGAUAUAAAAAUAA